AUGUCUACAUCCAUUGAAAACCUCAAGUCUUUUGAUCCUUUCGCCGAUACUGGUGACGACGAUACACAGUCGACUAACUAUAUUCAUAUUCGUUGUCAACAGCGUAAUGGUCGUAAGACUAUAACCACCGUCCAGGGAGUUCCUGCUGAGUAUGAUCUGAAGCGUAUCCUCAAGACCCUCAAGAAAGAUUUUGGCUGUAACGGUCACAUCAACAAGGACGAAGAAUUAGGUGACAUUCUUCAACUUCAAGGCGACCAACGUGGCAAGGUUAUGGAAUUCUUGACCUCUGCUCUUCAAAUCGACAAGAAGACCAUCCAAGUCCACGGUUUCUAA